AGAUGCCAAAUUCAACAUGUCAAAUAGUCACAUAACCUUCAAAAAAUAUUGGCAUCCUCAAAUUUGAAGCUAAAGUUGGAGAUGCUCUAAAGUCUCAGAUACAAAACUUAUCAUGUUCUAUCAGCUUCUAUAGGGCUAAUUUAUUCGGACCCGGCUCUGAUUAAUUAAGCCUCCUUCUCUUGGAUGGCUGGAUAGGACUCCCGAAAUUAAUUGGCACAUGGAAUAUAUUGAUCAAAACAGCCUUAGAAUAAUUGAGAUAUCCAAAAAAAAAAAAAAAAAACUCUGCAAAAUAAUCGGAGCUGAAUUUUGUUUCUUAUUUUUUGUUUAGGCCAUAAUGGAGGAUUUGGUCAAGACUGCUAGACUCUGCUACAGAAAAAGCUCACCAGACGUCAAACAAGCAGCACAAAAAUUUUCAAUUCGCUCGAUGACAACAAAGACGGGAAGGUGAGUCUCCAUGAAUUUCUAUGGUUUAUGCGGCAGGAAGGCCACACGAAAAUGAGGAAUCGCCAUUUCUUCAAAGAACUGAACAAAGACGGGAGUGGAAACCUAGAAUUCAUGGAAGUUAUGUCUCUUUACUACGUAAUCAAAAGUGGGAGGCCAUUUUGUAGUGGGUGCGUUAAGUUUAUUCCGGGAAUGUAUUUCGCUUGCAAAAAAUGCUUCGAAAAUGGCCACAACUCGUUUUGCGUUUGUCCAGAGUGUUACGAUGAUGAACUUUUUCUUCAUGAGCAUGUCCAGUUCUUGGAUAACUAUGCUUUGUUGGAAGCCAGGAGAAUGCAAGGGAUUGCUACUUAUUCGAACCAGCACAAGCCAAGCUCAUCUGUUACCAUUACUGAAGAACCAACAUCCACAACAAAUGCUGUUGUUCUUCAUGAACGACCCAAACCGCAAUGGAGGCAUCUUGCGCCCAGAGUGGUUGAAGUAUCGUUGAACGCGCUUGACUUUGCAUUGAACGCAGCCAAGAUCUACUGUACCAGCAACGUCUGUACUAUUAUGUGACAAGAAGUGCCGGCCUGCCGGGUGUUCGAGUAUAUGGUAAACUUGAUUGGAGGCAUAGAUGUGUUCGGAGUCAUUCGACAUACAUGCACGAAUCUAAGGACGGUAUCGUAGAACUCACGUGUACUAUCAGACGACUUUGGAUUCUUCGCUAUCCAAUUAGUAUUUGUUUCCGAGGCAAUAUUUUUAUUUGAGACAUCGACUCCACGGCCGCAGCCAUUCACUCAGUGCCGAAGUUUAUUGCCUUUGAACCUCGAUAAUUUGAGCUUUUAAGACUCUUCGGAUUUUGCCAUAUUGUUUUGGUUAUAAAUGACCUGUAGUACUAUUGUAUCACUUUCUUGAUAGAUAAUCGAAUUUCCUUACAGCUAUUUAUUUCUUGCCA